CGAGAAGGAUAUAAAGCAGUAGAGGGCACAAGAUGAAAUUCACAAGCUGUUUCCUUUUGAUAACGAUUUUAUUUUGCGGAUUUAUUCUGGCUGAUCCACAAUACAUAACUACUGAAGAUGCAGAGCAAGUGAUCAACUCCACUAGUUCGCGUCAUACCAAUAAUUGGGCAGUAUUAGUAUCGACUUCGAGGUUCUGGUUCAAUUAUAGACACAUGGCCAAUGUGCUAAGUCUUUACAGAACUGUUAAGAGACUCGGUAUACCGGACUCUCAAAUUAUAUUAAUGUUGUCGGACGAUAUUGCAUGCAAUCCUAGAAAUGCAUUUCCGGGAACUGUUUUCAAUAAUAUGGAUCAAGCUAUCGACUUAUACGGUGACCUGAUUGAAGUGGAUUACAGAGGCUAUGAAGUUACCGUGGAAAAUUUCAUUCGUUUAUUGACUGAUAGAUGGGACGCUAAUCAUCCAAGAAGUAAACGUUUACUUACUGAUGAAAACUCGAAUAUCUUCAUCUACUUAACAGGCCAUGGGGGUAAUGAGUUCUUGAAAUUUCAAGAUGCAGAAGAAAUAGGGUCUUACGAUAUUGCUGAUGCGUUUGAACAAAUGUACGAGAAGAAGAGAUAUAAUGAAAUUUUCUUUAUGAUCGAUACUUGUCAGGCAAACUCUAUGUACGAGAGAUUCUACUCGCCCAAUAUAUUGGCCGUUGGAUCAUCUGCAGUUGAUGAGUCCUCUUACUCACACCAUUCGGACUUGGACAUUGGUGUUGCAGUCAUCGAUAGAUUCACCUACUACACCCUUGACUUUCUUGAAAAAAUCAAAAAGAAUUCCCAAGAAACAAUGGACAAGUUGUUUGAUGUAUACACUUAUGAAAACGUUCAUUCCACUCCCGGUAUCAGAACUGAUUUGUUCAAAAGGGACAUUCACGAUGUUAGGCUCACUGACUUUUUCGGUAAUGUCCAAGAUGUUGUCGUUGACGAAGUCGAAGAUGAUCUUUUAUAUAUAGCGAACCACAAUGAAAAUGGUGACCGUGUUAGCGAGCCAAUGAACGAUUCCAACAAAGCUGACUUCAAACCUUCACAAAUCUCUUUGAACACUGAUACUGAUGAAUCUACUAUGCUUCGUAUUACUUCCCAAAACAAAACAGCAAGUGUCCUCAUAACGCUUGCCAUCCUUGGUGCCAUUUGGGUCUCUCUGAAGCAAGGUUACUAAUCACCAUAUUGAUAUUUAGCUACUAUAACAUUAGCUACUACAAGACUAAAUAUAUGUAUAAUUAGAAUAGAAUCGUGC